CACGCGGCAGACUCAAGGGGAACUGACUGACCCGCACCGAGCGGACUCGUCUUCAUUUCUCGGCACGACAACGUCCGCUGCGGUUGCCUUAUUGGCUGUUCGCGUUUCUUCUCGGAUACGGACCUUUCUUCUUUGGAGCUCUGGAGCUGUCUGCGCGUGGGGUAAGCGGCUCAACUUUUUUCCAGUCGUCUAUCGUUCUGUUGCGGGUUCCGUUAUGAUCAAGUCGAAGAAAAACGUCGCGGUUGUGAUUGUUUUUCCGUGAGUGAUAGAACUGUGUGAAUCCGGGAUCCGACAGUUUGUUCAACAUUAAUCGGAAGUGAUAGCGAAUUUAGUGAAUUGUUCAAAGAACCGAAAUAGUUAAAUUAAGUUCUUUUUUUAAAGCGGAAGUAUCGAAAAUCCAAUCUUUAGUUGAAAUGACUGCCGAGCACGGGAGAACCGUAUUGGUAACCGGCGGAGCAGGAUACAUCGGUUCGCACACAGUCGUAUCUCUACUCGAAGCUGGCUACAGUGUCGUCGCUCUCGACAACUUUACAAACUCGGUCAACUCGUAUAAAAAUGAAUCCAUUGCACUUAAGCGUGUUGAGGAGAUCACCGGAAAGAAAAUUACCUUCUACAGAUGUGACUUGCUGGACAAGAACGCGGUUGAGGCUAUUUUCCAGGCACACAAAAUCGAUUCAGUGAUACAUUUCGCAGCGUUGAAGGCCGUGGGAGAGUCCAUGACCAAUCCACUGCUGUACUACAAGAACAACAUGAUCGGAAUGAUCAAUCUGUUGGAGGUGAUGGACAGCCAUGGUGUGUACAAGAUGGUGUUUUCCAGUUCGUGUACAGUCUACGGAGAACCGGACACGCUGCCAAUCACAGAAGAGAACCCCACCGGAAACGUGACCAACGUCUACGGUCGUACGAAGUACUUCAUCGAGGAGAUGCUGAAGGACGCUGUGAGCGCCGAUCCAAAGUGGAACAUCAUUGCGCUGCGGUAUUUCAACCCUGUUGGGGCGCACAAGUCCGGGAAAAUUGGGGAGGACCCUACAAAGCAGUUUACCAACCUAAUGCCCUACAUAAGUCAGGUGGCGAUCGGGAAGAAAGAUGUGUUAACGAUUUUCGGGAAUGAUUAUAGCACACCCGACGGGACUGGUGUAAGGGAUUACGUUCAUGUUAUGGAUCUUGCCACUGGACACGUCGCAGCGCUGAACAAACUGGAGCGAGAGCAUUUGGGAUUAAAGAUGUACAACCUGGGCACAGGCAAAGGAAUAUCGGUGAUGGAGUUGAUCAAUGCGUUUGAACGAGUGAAUAAGGUUAAAAUUCCUUACGUCAUUCAGGAGCGACGUGCUGGUGACAUUUCGGCAAUGUAUGCCAAUGCAGAACUCGCCGAAACAGAACUUGGAUGGAAGGCUGUCCAUACCGUGGAUGAGAUGUGUGAAGACUUCUGGCGAUGGCAACAGAUGAACCCGAAUGGCUACAAAACUGAUCAAGUGAAUGGCCAUCACCCAUAACCGAGGGAUUAUUAUGAUACAUAGUAAUAAAAAACUAUUUUGGACAGUAUUCUAAUAUUUAUUGUACCUCGUGUUUCAACGAUAGCUGAAAUAGCCGACUAUUUUGUAGUUUUAAGACUUCCGUUCCAAUCGAGGUGAAGUUCGGAUAAACAUUUCUAGCAAACAAUUCGAGACACUUUGGCCGCUCAGGAAGUAGAUCAGCAAAUAAAUCUAUAAUAAAACAGAGUAAAAAUUAUCAGAUUCAAAGAA